UUAAUGAUUUUCCGGUGAAGGGUUUUUCAUUCAGAUUUCAGACUAGACUUUUACAGAGAGAGAGAGAAGCAAAAGGCUAUACGUUUCUGAAGAGAGAAGGGAAAGCAAUACGUUUGAUUUUCAUCGAUCAGAAAUCAGAAUUCUCCUCCUCAAUCUAUAUGUUGCAGAAGUAAUUCAAUCAGAAGCUAUAAGGGCAAGACUCUUGUUACAAACUGAAACCUUUUGGAUAAGAUGCACUUUCGGUCAUCAUCUUACAAACAUGCAGGAAUUGAAUUGGUUUUUACAUCCACAUGGAUUGCAAGAAGUUCCUGCAGUUGGUGGAAGACAAAAAGAAACGAGCUUUGGAGAAGAAAGAAGCCCCCUUGAAAUGGGAACAGAAACUUGAAGCUGCUGCAAAGGCGAAAGCUGAUGCCGAAGCCAAGGAAACGAAGCUGAGAGCUGUUAAACAUAAGAGGAAAUCUGUGUCAGACACAUCUGAUAGUGACAGUGGAGAUGCAAGUAGCAAAGAUGGGAGAAAAUCUACAAAAAUGUCCCACAAGAGGCACAGGAGGCACAAAGGUUCUUCAGACUCGUCAUCCAAUGACAGCGAGAGGAGGAAGGAGAAGAAAUCUGCAAAGCAUAGAUUGAAGAAGAGAUCCUUAAGCUCAGACGAUGAUGAUAGCAGUAGCUAUGAUCUAAGAAAGCAGCGGGCACAUAAAAGGAGAAGAUCCAUAAGCUCAGAAGAUGAUGAUAGCAGCAGUGAUGGAUAUAAGAGUGAUGAUCGAAGAAAGCAUCGGGCACAUAAAAGGAGAAGAUCCUUGAGCUCAGACGAUGAUGAUAGCAGCAUCGAUGAUCAUAGAAAACAUAGUACACAUAAAAGGAGACAUAGGCGCCGGGUUUCAAGAUCUGUUUCUUAUGAAUCUUCGAGUGGGGAAGAAGAAGAUAGUGUAGCAAGGAAGGAUCAUAGAUCAAGGCACCACAAACACCAUCGCAGGUCAACACAAGCUACAGAUCUGUCAUGAAUGGCGAUGUGAAAAUUGUGGGAAAUGGAAGAUAUUGAAAUUCACCAAGAAGAGUGUCCAUCUUGACUUUAUUUCACCUCUUAAUUCAGGACUAAAGCUGAUUGCAUUUUCAUUUGGUCUUUUUCUAUUUGAAAUUGUUUCUGGUGGAACUCUGAAAACCUCUAAUGUUGCACUUAUUGUUUCGCUGGGAACUUCAUGUUUACUAAGACAAACUGUUAGGAGGAUUUCUUUCACUUGAUCCUUUUCAUUCAAUGAAAGAACUUUUAUUGGUUUACUGAAUGCCAA